GGCAGCCGGGCGAAACCCACUUCACGGAAUUUCUAUGAUCGGAGCAGCGCUUUGUCUCCGCGAGAGAAAAUUUACUCAACUUGCAGCCAAAACCUUUGGACCGGAGAAGGAAGGGAAUCUGGAGAUCACUGAUCAGACUCGGCAUGCGCGGGAUUCCGGGCCGAGUCACUUCUGAUGCGACCUUCACCGAGGCUGAGGGCGUUUGUGCAGCCUAGACUCUGCUCGCUGCCGGCACGGACUCAGCGGCUCUUCUCAACUUCCAAUCUCGCUCGAAAUGCUGCAACACUCCAGCAGACGACAGUCGCAAAAGAGACCCGGGACAUUGAUGAGAUUGACAAGCUUCUGGCGUCCAUACGGAUGAAGGCGAACCCGGCGUACAAUUCCAUCAUGCCGAUGCGCGUCCCCGCACUUUGGGCCGAGUCCGUUCUGCACGCGGAAGACCACACAGCGUCAGCAACCCGCCCCAAGCGCAACGAUUCACUUGUGCCUCGACGUAUGCACGACUCCUAUUGUGAACUGGUGCUCCCCUUCUCCGACCCCACCUUUCUCGAAGGAUACACCAAUGUCCACGGAGGGAUUCGGAUGGGGAAAAUCAUGGAACACCUCGACUCGCUUGCAGGGUCAAUCUCGUACAAACAUGUCCUAGGGCCCGACGUACAAAGUCUGGGAUCUAUCCAGGAUGUGGGAUUCUACAUGGUGACAGCGUCCGUUGACCGGCUUGACAUGCUCUGUCCUUUGGAGCCCAGCCGCGACGUGCGAAUCAGCGGCCAGGUAAUGUACACAGGGAAGUCGUCCAUGGAGAUCGCGGUGAAAGUCGAGACUAUCAGCGGCGGCGCCGAGCAGACGGUUCUCCUAGGACGUUUUUCGAUGGUCUGCCGCGACGCGGUCACCCACAAGGCCCGUACGAUCAAUCCCUUGAUCAUUUCGACACCGGAUGAAGAAGCGCUCCACACCAGAGGAGAAGAAAUCAAGAACGGACGUCGAUCGCAGGCCUUGAAGUCUCUGGCUCGCGUGCCUCCUAGCUCCGACGAGGCUGAGCUCUUGCACGCCUUCAUGCUGAAGUACGGUCAAGAUCUGAGUGAGGGGUCGCACGAACGGGUCUGGAUGGGGGACACUAAACUCGACCGGUGCAUGUUGAUGUUUCCGCAAGAGAGAAACGUCCACCAGAAGAUCUUUGGUGGAUAUCUCAUGCGUCUCGGAUAUGAGCUCGGGUUCUCCAACGCGAGCAUGUUCUUCCGCGGCGGGCAUAUCCGUUUCCUUUCGUUGGAUGGCAUCUCGUUCUCAGAACCUGUUCCCAUUGGAUCCAUCUUGCGCCUUUCCUCGUAUGUUCUCCACUCGACGUCGACUGAAGGAUUGCACCCCACAGUCCACGUGGCUGUUACCGCAAAUGUCGUGGACGUAGAGACUGGCCAAGAGCGGACGACGAACGAGUUUCGGUUCACGUGGUGUCGGGAUGAUGAGCGUGCGAGCAUUGGCGCUGCGCGAAUAGUGGUGCCGAAAACGUAUAAAGAGGCGAUGCUUUGGUUGGAGGGCAAGCGUGCUUUAGAAAUCGGAGAUGAGAUGCGAGGAAUGCGGACCAGGAUCCUAAUCUAGAGCCUUUAUAUCCCGGGUUUCUUUGGUAGAAGUAUUCACUAAUGUCGCAGGUGGUAAUUAGAAACAGAUCCACUAACGCUCCG